GCUUUAAUAUAUCUCUCAUGACGUUGUUUGUCUUUUUUUUGUAAUAUGUCCUAGAUUAUAUGAUCAAUACAUCAAAAUUUUCCGACUACAAUUUCGUCCCAGCAAGUAUAUAGAAUCACAUAAAUAGACGUUUCAAACUUUAAAUCACGCAUAUAAAUCACUAUUUAUAUAAUAUAACUUGUUACUAAUUUCUAACAACUGUCGUGUAACUCUCGUGACAAACGAGCAAAAACUCUCGCCGACUUCUUUCAGCAAUUGAGACAGUUCAACUUUGAUGCGAGUUGACGCACGAAUUGCAGGAACUCUGAGACGAUCUGAGGGCGCAGAAGACAGAUUUAUUUUCGUGUGAAAGGACAGCGUUUGCCUGCCCCUGCUCGCUCGCCUGUUCCGGCAUUUCUGGCGACUUGCACGCAAUGUGCAGUGAUUCGAUCACUUCUGCAGUUAAAGCUCUCUUUACAAGUUGAAAAUCCGCUUUAAGGUUUCAGGAAGAGUUUCAUUCUGGGAUUUCUAACUGAAUAAGCUGGUAAAAUUCCCAAGAUUUUUACCGGCAAUCAUAUUUUUUGAAAUACGUGCUGCACAUGGUAAUUUGCAUUCAAAAUAUUGUCUUGGUAUUCAUAACCGGAUGAAGGACGGAUUACGAUUUUCCUGCCUCGAGUUAUGGGAAGGAGUUGCUAUGCAUUUGUUAUCAACAUUCUUUCGUAUGAGACCGAAAGCGAAUUCAACUGGCGAGUAGUUUUUAUUUAGGUAUACAUAUAGAGGACUGAAGGAAAGAAGACCUUGAAGAAUCCAAUUAGUUCUCAAUUAUCUAAGCAUGUGUCUGGAUAAACGUGUUGUUGUCGCUGCCUUGUUUAUCGUCGCUUCACUCCACAUCACUGUCGAUUUCACCAGUGCUAGAGUUUCGCGUAAAGGAAACAACAAUGGCGAUGUCUGCGUAAAACACAAAAGAUUCAACAACGCGAAAAAAGAUAUAAUAAACUCAAGGAAAGAAGUAUUGCGAGAUUUUAUUAUCUUCUGUUCCAAACAAACAUUUUUUGAAGUUCGAUACACAAAUGGAUCACUAUGUGCAUGUGGGCAAACCAGCUCUAAAACACUUAUGAGCAGGUUACACUGCAGGGAAAAUUUGCUUUCCAAUUUUACCGUCUACAUAUCUGUCAAAGAACGUCUCGUUGAAAGUAGAACCUGCCAUUUCUUAUUUUUCUUAAAUCAUCCUGGUCACAAAGAAGAGCUAAUCAAAAUAGUUCUAAAAAACAGUUUCUAUGAGCCAAGUUCUUUGUCUGGAAUGUCUGCUCGUUCCUCCGCUAUGCAUUUGGAUGUAUCAAAAAGUAUUCUUACUACGUCUGUAUUUGGUCAGAUGCGUAGUAGAUCAUCAGAUAUAAGUAAUCAAUUCACAACUGGGAAAUUGUCGGCGAUUUCAAGGCAAAUAAGGUCCACCGUGGCGAAACAAAAAUUUUCGCAAAGUUUGGUCGCAUCCAACACUGGAAUAGUAUUUACUUCUACUACUUCAAAGGAAAAUAGCCCCAUUCAAAGCAUGUCGUCUAGCUUUUUGAUACAAGCUACGCCAAGUAUAUCUAGCGUACUUUCUACCAGGGCGAGACAAAAAUUCUCGCGAAGUUUGGUCGCAUCCAACACCGGAAUAGUAUUUACUUCUACUACUUCAAAGGAAAAUAGCCCCAUUCAAAGCAUGUCGUCUAGCUUUUUGGUACGAGCUACGCCAAGUAUAUCUAGCGUACUUUCUACCAGGGCGAAACAAAAAUUCUCGCAAAGUUUGGUCGCAUCCAACACUGGAAUAGUAUUUACUUCUGCUAUUUCAAUGGAAGAUUCCCCAAUUCAAAGCACUUCGUCCAGCUUUUUGAUACAAGCUACGCCAAGUACAUCAUCUAGCCCACUUUCCACCAUUAUAUUGCCUUCUGAUGAAGAAAAAAAGGAAAAACUGAAAGAAGAUAUCAAGUUCGUCAACAACUUUAAUGCGUCCAAUGUGAAUAUCAAUGACAAAAAGACAAUUGAGCGAGUGUUGGAUGCUGCUGCGAAUUUGAUAAACACAAACCUAACAGCUGAGAAUCAAAACGAGGACCCAGGAAUGCAAGCAGUUGAAGUGUUGGAAGAUCUUGGAAAUUCUAUUUCUCAACAACUUGCUCUGCCCGAAAAUGAGAGUUCUGUGAUUUUUCAGGAAGUAACAGACGAUCUUGUGUUCGGUGUGGCUGUAGUAAAUGCAACGACAACGCCAGGAUUUUCAUUUCCUACCGAUGAAAGUAGAACAACCGGAGAUGAAAAGAUCAAUAUCCCAAGCUCUGUUUUCGUUUCAGAUUCAGGCAAAGCAUAUUUUGUUGGCAUUAUCUUCAAGCCGUAUCGCGAAAUGAGAAACAAAACGGGGAAUUUCAGGAUGGGAACUAAAGUUAUAAAUGCAGUUGUUUCGCCUCCACCACGCAAAACACUCGCUGACCCUGUUGAAAUGACAUUUAAGAAAAACAUUAUUGGUGAAACGAUUGCUUCCGAUUGUUCAUUUUGGAUAGAAAACGCCACGCAUUUAGGCGAACAUGGUAGAUGGUCGACGAAACAAUGUGAAAAAACAUUUGAAAAUCGCAGCCAUGUUCAAUGUCAAUGCUAUCAUUUCACUAACUUUGCUGUCUUAUUCAAAGUCUCGGAUAAUCAGGAUGUGUCAGAUGAGGACUCGUUCCGUCUGGUUAUCAUAACUUAUGUUGGGUUGAGUCUAUCUAUUUUGGGAUGUUUUCUGACUUUCGUCAUUUAUGUCACUUUAUCAAACAUCAAAACAGACAGAGCAGUAAUCCACACAAAUUUGGUACUGGCACUUGGAGUUGCUGACGUGAUAUUUUUGGUUACCGUGGUGGUCAAACCUGUUGGAGAUUCAUGUUUAACUCUGGCGAUGUUGGCCUUUUUCUUUUAUCUUGCUGUGUUUUUCUGGAUGUUGAACGAAGGUGUUUAUAUUUAUUUCAUGGUUAUAAAAGUUUUUCGUGGUAAUGAUGCUAUGAGACGGCGGAUGGCUUACCUUGUGGGAUGGGGAUGUCCAGCGAUUAUCGCGACUGUCACCUGGGUUGUUUUAAGAGAUGAUGUCGUGUCAAAAUACCAUUGCUGGUUAUCGGUUGAAUCCGGAGCAAUAUGGGCAUUUGUGGGUCCCGGAUUGUUGAUUAUUUUGGUAAAUUUUAUUAUUCUGAUGGUUGUCAUGAGAACAACAUGGGCAAUGUUUGUUGGCGACAAAGAAUAUAGUGGCUUGAAGUCGGCAACGAAGACAUUUGGCGCAGUCGUUCCUAUUUUAGGGAUAACCUGGGUUUUUGGUGUAAUGGCAUUCAAUGAAUCUUCUAUUGUAUUUCAGUAUAUAUUCGCUAUCACCAAUUCCAUACAGGGCGCUUUAAUAUUUAUUCUUUACUGCUUGGUUAACAGCGAGGUGCGAAGCGAGCUUCGACGAAAGCUAACGAUAUGGCAGACUCGUCGUGAGUUCUCUUCAUCUUCGGGAGGCAGCCGCCGUACGUAUCCAUAUUCGGUCUCUUCGAACACGACUUUAAAUCGUGCUACGAUUGCCGUACAGGCCACCCCAGACUUUUACCGGUGUCCGAUGGUGGAAAUUAAAGACGAAAAAUCGCAGGGGGAAGUAGAACGCAGGUACUCGUUUGAAGAUGGUAGUACGACAUCAGAGAAGGAAUUGGUAUUAGGUAAGCAGGAAAAGAACGGCGGCGAGGAAGGUUGAAAGCAUUCCAGUGGUGGUAGGAAAGGAAACUUGCAUGCAUGGGAACGAAUAGUAGUUUUUAAAUUUAAUGGCAAGAGUAUACGGAGAUGUAGGAAUAUUACGAAAUAACCGAUAAGUGACAAUGAUGAAGCAGAAACCUUACUGGUCGAAGAACUGGGGAAAGGCGAAGCAUAUGCUAUGUGCCAGAGAUGUAUCCACCACUAUAGCGCACUAAUUUGCAUGACAAAAAAAAACUGGUAAAAAUAACCAUGCGCGCACUUGUAAUGCAAAUUAGUGCACCAGCGCUGGAUCCAAACAUGCUACGUGCAUGUGUGGAAGAAUAUUUAUCGGUCCGUAUAUAGUUGUGAAUUCUGGGGCGAUUGUUGCAAAGUUAGCCGGAUAGCGCUCCGUUUCACUUGUAAAGACAGGUUAAUCUAAAAUUUCAGAUUAUUGGCGUAUUUGUUCAAACGUGAAUAGAAAAUACAUGUCCAAAUUACUGAAUCGCCGUCAUCGCCAGGUCGUGUUUCCUUACCAAAACAAAUUUGACCGCAGGGCUUAUUUCUUGUGAAGAGGAGAAUAAUUUAGUGAAUAUCAUAGUCUCAAUCAUAAACAAGUUCAAUGCAUACUCGCGCAUACGUAAAACUCGAAAAAAAUCUAACGACAUAACAUAUUUAGGGCAAACUUUUAUUUCGCAAAUUUUUGUCAACAACAUGACCUCGACACGGUGCGAUGAAGAAUUAACUUUUGGUAACUGUGUCGACAAUAAUUGAAGGAGGAAUUUUGUAUCAGCUAAAUCAUUCUAUUAUCAGUUUUCAAUUGUUGAAAGAAUAACGGAAAAUCGUUUAGAAUAUACUACGACUACGUCCUUGCAAUACUCCUCAUACUGCACUUUAAGCCCCGUUUUCACUACACACGAUAUUUGGUAGGGCACGGAUAAAAGUUCCGACCGUGCCACUUUUACAAGUACUUGGACUACCAAAAUAGGUAGUCCAAGCACGGAUAAAAAUGGUACGGGUGCCAGUUUUAUCCGUGCCGUACCAAAUAUCGCCCGUAGUGUAAACAGGGCUUAAAUCCCUUGUUGCAGUACAACCAACGACCAGGGGCCAGUUGUAUGAAAGCCAGAUAGCGCUAGC